AGUCGCGGAGUAAAUAAUCCGCCAGCCUAGCUGUCCCACUCCAUUUCUGUUAUUAUACCCUCCGUCCAGAAAAGACUCUCUCUCUCUCUCUGCUCUGUACUCGACUACUCUGGCUUUCUGGUGCUUGUCGUCUUUGUGGCUGUAAAUUGCCCAAAUCCGCCUGAAGAACUGAAGAAAACUGACUCCGGAGAGUUUGCCGCCGGCGAAGACCAUUGGCCAUGUGUAAGCUCCGCCCGAUCUUAAGCCUGCUCCUUUUCUGCUCCGCAGUUGCACUGGUUUCUGCUCGAGGAUCUUCUAAUCGCACCCCCAAAUGGAAGACGCUUAGCGGAGGUCCACCCAUAGUCAUCGCUAAUGGUGGAUUUUCAGGGUUAUUUGCCGACUCCAGCUCUAAUGCAUAUGCUUUUGCUGCAAUGACAAGCUUACCUAAUGUGAUCAUGUUGUGUGAUUUACAACUAACGAAAGAUGGGGAAGGUAUAUGCUUCCCAAAUAUCAAGCUUAACAAUGCGUCUAAUGUUGAAGUUCUCUUCAAGGAUAAGAAAAAUACCUACCUUGUGAAUGGGGUUCCAACUCAAGGAUGGUUUUGCAAGGAUUUUACCCUCAAGGAUCUGGCACUUGUCAACUUGAAUCAAGGAGUUUAUUCUCGAUCAAGUAGAUUUGAUGGCACCACACAACAAAUUCUUACCGUCCAUGACUUGUUUAAUCAAUCAAUUCUUCAGUUCACACCUCCCGGAUUGUGGUUGAAUAUUCAGCACAAUUCCUUCUAUAACAAAUACAAUCUGAGUAUGAGAAGCUUUGUUCUUUCUGCGUCUAGAAGUGUUGUUAUCAACUACAUUUCAUCUCCUGAAGUGAGCUUCUUGACAAGUAUUGCAACACGGAUCAAUACAAAAGUGACCAAACUAGUUUUCCAAUUUCUUGGAAGUGAUGAAACAGAACCUUCAACCAACCAAACAUAUGGAACUCUGUUAAAUAAUCUCACUUUCAUUAAAACCUUUGCCUCGGGGAUUCUAGUACCUAAAAGUUACAUCUUGCCUGUGGACAAGUCUUUUUACUUACAGCCUUAUACAUCUGUUGUAAUGGAUGCUCAUGAUCUGGGGCUAGAAGUUUAUGCAUCAGACUUUGCCAAUGAUCUCCCUCUUCCCUAUGAUUAUCAUUCCGAUCCUCUAGCAGAGUAUCUUUCCUACAUUGACAGUGGCAACCCUGUGGAUGGCGUGCUCUCUGAUUUCCCAAUAACACCAUCAGCCGCAAUAGGGUGCUAUUCUCAUAUGAAGAAAGAUGACAAAAUUCAAGUGCCUGAUCUUCAGAUUAUCUCAUUUGAUGGAGCAAGUGGAUCUUACCCUGGCUGCACUGACAUUGCAUAUACUUCAGCAGUCUCAGAUGGUGUUGAUAUUAUUGACUGUACUGUACAAAUGACAUUUGAUGGAAAACCUUUUUGCUUGGGUUCUGUAAAUCUAAUAGGUGCGACCACUGCUGCCCAAGUAUUCAACAACCUUUCCCGUAACGUUCCAGAGCUCAAAACUGUUAAUGCAAUACAUAGUUUUGACCUCACAUGGAGAGAGAUCCAGAGCCUAAAACCAUCAAUUUCAAACCCAUUUAUAGAUUUUCGAUUACAACGGAACCCCAAAGACAGAAAUGCUGGGAAGUUUAUGACACUUGAAGAUUUUUUGGCAUAUGCAAAAAAUGCUUCAUCUCUUUCUGGUGUUCUCAUUAGCAUAGAGAAUGAGGCCUACUUGAGAAAGCUGGGACUGAGUGUCACUGAAGCUGUUCUUCAAGCUCUAAACAAUUCUGGAUACAAUAAUCUUACAACACCGAAAGUCAUGAUUCAAUCUAAUGAUAGUGCUGCUCUGAGAAAUAUCACAAACAAGAAAUAUGAACUUGUUUACAGAUUAAAGGAGGACAUACGUGAUAUUGAUAACUCAACUAUUUCAGAGAUAAAGAGCUUUGCUAGCUCUGUAAUCAUAAGCAAAAAAUCUGUGUUUCAAACAGAUGAACAAUUUCUGGUUGAGCAAACACAUGUGGUAGCAAAGAUGAAAGAGGCCAAGCUUAAAGUAUAUGUGCAAGUCUUCAACAAUGAGUUUGUAUCUCAAGCAUGGGACUUCUUUUCUGAUCCAUAUGUGGAGUUGAACAGCUAUGUUUUCGGUGAAGCUCCUAUUGAUGGUGUUAUAACAAGCUUCCCAGCCACGGCUGAUAGAUACAGACGCUGCCCUUGUCUGGGGUACAAGGAAUUACCUUCCUACAUGUUACCAGUUCAACCAGGCAGUCUAUUUCAACUCAUACCUCCUACUGCUUUGCCACCAGCAGAAGCUCCCAGCCCUAUUCUCACAGAGAGUGAUGUGGUGCAACCAGCCCUGCCACCGGUUUCCAAAGUUUCUCCUCCUCCCCCACCACCACCUUCUGGCAGUGCAUCAGCUCCACCGCCCAAAGCUCCUCCCAGCGGGCAGCCCUCAAUCACCACCUCUGGCAUUUCUGCGAUCAGCAUGUGCAUUCUUCUUCUUCUCUCGGUCUUGGUGAUCUGUUGAUCAAAUCGUGGUUUGGUCGGGUCUGUGUACAAGUUGUAUCUCCAUCUGCUACAUCUCCAUCCACAUUUAUAUGUAUAAAUAUUCAAUGAGGUUAGUUUUAUUAGAUUCCACCUCGGAAAACUUGUGAUUUUCCUAUCAUCAUGUGUUCACUCCAUAUUUCCUCCUUCGUUGUCCAUCUUCAUUUGGUUCUUUUUAUUUUUUGCUGGCGAUGUUCAUGAUGAUAUU